AUGACGUCUGAGGCUUCUGACGGGGAUAAAAAAUUGCGCAAGAGACGCAGUGGUUGUGAUUCAAUAGAGGACACUCUGGCUAAAUGGAAGAAUUACAAUGACAGAUUUGAUCUUGCAAAAGAUGGAGUGAAAAAGACUCAGAGGGCCCCAUCUAAGGGGUCCAAAAAGGGGUGUAUGAAAGGGAAAGGAGGGCCUGAGAACUCAGAUUGUGUUUAUAGAGGUGUUAGGCAGAGGACUUGGGGCAAGUGGGUAGCUGAAAUUCGAGAACCAAAUAAUUCUAGUGGUGUGUCAAAGAAGAACAGCCGUCUUUGGCUUGGUACUUUCCCUACAGCCUAUGAUGCUGCUUUUGCUUAUGAUGAAGCUGCAAGGGCCAUGUAUGGUGGUUUGGCCAGGCUCAACUUUCCACAAAACACUAUGAAAUUGAAGAAGUAUUCUAAUUCUGUGUCUUCUGGAACAACUAAAACAACAUCAUCAUCAUAUGAGUCUUCAACAACAUAUAAUAAUGGGGAUGAGGCAGAGGGAUUGGACAUGAGCAGCAAGUGUGCUAUGGAAAGCUCUCGAUCUGUGGCAGGCGAAUUGAAGGAAAGAUCUGACUUCUUUGAGGAUUGUGUGCAUAAAGAGCCGAAGCAAGAAACUGAUUGUUCUGAGGUGUUAGAUGCUACUCUAAGAGAAGCUAAAGAUGUGAAAUGCGAAUCGGAAACUGAGUAUGAGCUUGCCAGAAAUGAUGCUGAAGAAACAAGUGUUUUUCAAACCGGGAGUUAUGAAAGCUUCAACCGUAGGCCUGAUUACUUGCAUAAUGAGCUACAGGUUGUGAAUCUUGAUUCAGUACCUGAUGGGAAGCCUUAUAAUAAUGAUUGGGAAUCUUUGGAGACUCUUUUGAGGUCCAACACCGAUUACUUAAAUAAUGAGCUUGUAGAUGUGGAAUGCAAUGGAAGAAAUGAUUGCAACCCUUCAGAGGAUGUUAAUGUUGAGAAACCGGUAACGAGCAAAGCCAUGGAGAAAGAAUUUCCCAUGAUUCUGGAAUCCGGAAGUCACAAUGGCCUAGAUGAUAGCUGCCACUAUAUGCAUAAUGAGCAGAUAAAUGUGGCCAGCAAUCUGGUAACAGCCGAUUUUGAGCCAUCUAACGAUGUUGAAAUUAAGGGAUCAAUGACGGAUCAAGAAUUGCAGGGAGGUCUUCUAGAAACUACGAACUUAAAUGGCCAUAAUGGCUUCAUAGAUAGUUAUGCUUGCUCAGAUGACAUUAGGCCUUCAAAUGAUAUCGAAAUGCAGGAGAACAGACUUGCCAACUUGCAUAAUUGUUCUGUAGAAGAAUCAUACAGCAUUGAUGCUCAGAACCAACAAUGGGGAAGGCUGCCUAAUCUCCCUAACCAAUUACAGACACAACCACAGGUUAACAUACCAGGAAGCUUGGCUCAUAUGGAGGAAGCAAGUUUAGGCAUCGAUUUUGAUGUAGAUUUGUUCAGGCAAAAUUAUGAUUCAGGUGUAUUAGAAGAGCAGGUGUUUCAUGGUUCAUGGUUCCCUUACUCUUAG